UUUCUCAACGUGGCAUUUGCGACCACGGGCACUGACGCCCUCAAGACGGGACAUGAGAGAGUAACCGCAUGAGGAGGAUCUGAAGCAGACAUGUCCAAAUCGACCAUUCCGACCGAACUUUUAAACGCUGUAUUCCACUGGGUGAAGGAACUUCGCGACUUGUACGCAUGUUGUCUGGUCAGCCGCUCAUGGUUCAGUUCUGCGCACACAUAUCUAUGGGGGAAUUUGGAGUGGUAUACCGACGAAUGCAGGGGAAGACUUUCGUAAUGUACUUUCCCGCCCACGGCACCUUGCUGCCGACUACCGACAUAGCAUUCAAAAACUUGUCAUCACAACAUCUUCCCCUCCUGAGGCUGGAGAGCCGCGCCUUAUGGGACUUCGCAAACUCUUACACAAUUGCCCACGUUUGACUGUCUUAAAUUUGGAUUGCCCGGCACUAAACGAUGACGAUAUGUGGACCCUUUCAACAUCAUGUCGUCAACUGCGCGCACUCUCACUCGUUUCAGGGUCCCAUCCUUCGGGUUGCGUCACAGAUGAAGGUAUCCAAGCAAUAGCAUCAAAUUGUCGGAACCUUUGCCAUCUACGAUUACGGGCGACAUGCGCUGGCGCGUUCACUGAACGAGCAUUCAGGGCUAUUGCGGAAAGAUACACGGACCAGCUACAGAGCUUUGCAUUGGAAUGGGUCGGAACGCACUCCACAGGUUUAUCAGUUUACGGUGGGGGUCCCGACGCGGAACGACGUUUUGUGGAAGCGUUACAGGCGGUGAUCCUACAGAAUGCAAAGUUGCAUGCGCUUUCAUUGGACUGGCCAAUCGGAAUAGACAAGUCACUUGAUGCUGCCGCGCAAACCCUUCGCUAUCUUCGUAGCCUGCGAAUAGGCAACGCCCACAACACGUUAGCCAUCAAAUUACUCAUCGCAGCCAAUCCGUCCCUCGAAUCCCUCUCUCUAUACGAAGUUAAUCUUGCGCCGGAACCGAGCCGUUUUUUUGCUCCGUUAUUAUCAAACUUACGAAACCCGCGGGGCCCCACUAUACGGGAACUGGAACUGGAGGGCAUUGGCUGUGUAGCAAACAUCCUCCCCUUCUUGACUCGCUUCCACUCGCUGACUCGUGUCAAAUUUGCACAAUCUAGGCGAGCUGCUUUUUUGCAUCUUCCUGCCAUUGACGACUUUGUUGCCGCGGUAGCCAGAUCAUGUCCACAUCUGCAAAGUAUUGAUAUACCUAUCAUGACCGACGUACCUAUACUGCAGAUUGCACAUGGCUGCCCAAUGUUGGAGGAGCUGGAUGUCGGAUACGGAAAGGAAGUUACAGACUCGGCAAUCAUUUUCCUAGCUCGAAAAUGCCCAAAGAUCCACAAGCUGCAUCUGGGCUGUGCGGAACUCUUAACCGACACAUCGCUGACAAUUCUUAUGGAAUCUCUCGGCCCAAGUCUUCGGCGCCUCACAUUACCGUUUGGCAACAAGCUGCUGACCAUUAAGACGCUGCGCGCCAUUGCUAACCACUGCAAACGGUUGGAGGGCUUGGCAAAUUUACCCGCAACGAUGGGAAUGCGUCCAUUGUUGGAAAAUGUUCCCAAACUGACAAGAUUGCUGGUCCUUGGACUUUCCAUUGGUCCGCAUGUAGAUUCUGUGCAAGGGUGGCGACAUUACAUGAGUAGAGAGGAGCAGGAUACAUUAAAAGCUGCCUGUAAGAGGCUGAAAUACAUAUCAUACGGUGGAUGAAUAAAAAUAUGUCGUCCUGUAAUGAAAGUGGAAUUGUUUGAAGACCGUUUCUUGAUUGGAACAGAAACAACGAGAUUAACG